CGACGUGUUCGGAACGUUGCUCACAAUUUCUGCCAGUGCGGCUUUCGUUGGAUAAAUAAUAACGGAUCUCAAUGCCCGGCACCUCGUAUCCCACGAAUAACGAUAAUUUCAGCCACGGUUUCCCCAUGGCCACCACCCAAAGUGAACGCUUGCUGCAGGCUCAGAAUCGUAGGAAAUUCAGUUUUCCAGCCACUUUGCAUUCCGCCUCCUUGUUGGAGGUGGGUGGCGGUAGUCAGAGGGGAGAGGCCACAAGGAGGAGACUGAGCAAUGUCAGCGAUGUGGUCACCAGGAAGCUUUCCUAUACGAUUGGCUGGAAGGCGGCACAGAUUCCAGCGCAGGAUAUCAUCACACAGGGUCGCUGUUUGUGUGGUCACUAUAUCAAACGACGCCUGAGAAGAUCAGGUUUGUUUAAUAAAAAGUUGGGAUUGCAGCGGAUACGCAGCAUCCUAGGUUCCACCUCCAUGGGCAUUGUACGUGAUGUCUUUCCAGCUGUUCAAGUGCUGGGCGACGAACUGGAGCGAAUGCAUCCGCGUGUCUAUAAUGGCGUUGCCCGUCAGAUUUGCCGCAAUCCUGGCGGUGAAUUCCACACUCCAGAUGCCGUGAGCUUGCUCCUCGGAGCCGUGGGACGUGACCUCUUUCGCGUGGAGAUCACCUGGAGCAAGGUAAUCUCAUUGUUUGCCAUUGCCGGUGGCCUGUCCGUCGACUGUGUGCGUCAGGGUCAUCCGGAAUACCUGCCCAAGCUGAUGGAGAGCGUGUCUGAGGUCAUUGAAGAUGAGCUGGUGCCUUGGAUCAAUGAGAAUGGUGGUUGGGGCGGCAUCAAUACCCAUGUCUUGCCCACUAGCAACAGUUUGAAUCCCUUGGAGUGGACCACUCUGGUGAUUGGUGUGGUCUUUGGAUUGAUUUUAGUUUUUAUGAUUCUCCGAUUUAUAAUCAGCACGAUAAUACCGAAAAUAUACCAACGAUUUACAAGUUGAAUAUA